AUGGGUCUCUUUUCAAGUUUCCUAACCCAGUUUUGUGAGCAUUGCUCAACUCUGUCCAUUUACACAUUGCUUGGAGCUGGUGCCUUGUCCUUUAUCGUGCUGUCUGUCGUGAUCAACGUUCUACGACAGCUACUAUUCAAGAAUCCUCAUGAACCCCCCGUUGUCUUCCACUGGUUCCCCUUUGUCGGAAGUACUAUUAGCUACGGCAUUGAGCCCUACAGCUUCUUUCUCUCCAACCGCGCAAAGUAUGGCGAUAUUUUCACAUUCGUUCUCCUCGGCAAGAAGACGACUGUCUACCUGGGCACCAAGGGUAACGACUUCAUCCUGAAUGGCAAGCUGCGCGAUGUUUGCGCCGAGGAGGUUUACUCGCCAUUGACAACCCCCGUUUUUGGUCGCAAUGUCGUGUAUGACUGCCCUAACUCCAAGCUUAUGGAGCAGAAGAAGUUUGUGAAAUUUGGCCUCACCUCCGACGCGCUUCGGUCUUAUGUUCGCCUCAUUACCAAUGAGGUUGAGGAUUUUGUCAAGAAGUCACCUUCCUUCCAGGAUUCCAAGGGUAGCUUUGAUGUUUCCAAGAUUAUCUCCGAGAUUACCAUCUACACCGCAUCACGCUCGCUCCAAGGCAAGGAGGUUCGCGAUCGAUUUGACUCCACUUUCGCCGACAUGUACCACGACCUUGAUAUGGGUUUUGCUCCGAUAAAUUUCAUGCUGCCCUGGGCCCCGCUGCCUCACAACCGUAAACGUGAUGCUGCGCAGAAGAAGAUGACCGCAACCUAUAUGGAUAUUAUUCAGAAGCGUCGUGAGGCCGGUGGCAAGAAGGAUUCAGAUGAUAUGGUCUGGAACCUGAUGUCCUCUGUCUACAAGAACGGCACCCCUCUACCCGACGAGGAAAUUGCCCACAUGAUGAUCGCGCUGUUGAUGGCUGGUCAACACUCCUCUUCCUCAACUAUGGCCUGGAUUGUUCUGCGCCUAGCUACUUGUCCUGAACUAAUGGAGGAACUGUACCAGGAGCAGCUUAGUGUGCUGGGUGAUGACUUGCCUGAUUUAACUUACGAGAGCAUGCAGAAAUUGGAUCUGCACUCCAAGGUGAUCAAAGAGACCCUGCGCAUCCACGCCCCGAUCCACUCUAUCAUUCGCGCUGUCAAGAACCCGAUGCCCGUGGAGGGAACUCCAUAUGUCAUCCCCACCGGUUUCAACGUUCUAUCUUCUCCCGGUGUCUCUGCCAGGCUAGACGAGUUCUUCCCGGAGCCCCUGCAGUGGAAUCCCCACCGCUGGGAUGAUGAAUCCAGUCCCAAGGAAGAGGAGAACGAAGAACAGAUCGAUUACGGUUACGGUAUGGUCACCAAGGGUACAAAUAGCCCCUAUCUUCCCUUUGGUGCUGGCCGCCACCGCUGUAUCGGCGAACAGUUUGCCUACGUACAACUAGGCACAAUUCUGGCCGCCUUAGUGCGCCAUUUCAAGUUCUCCGGUCUUAAGGACAUUCCUGACACAGAUUAUUCAUCAUUGUUCUCCAAGCCUCUAGGCAAAUCUUUUGUCAAGUUUGAGAAGCGUGGAAUCAAGGAAUAG